AUGAAACUCACCACUUUUUUUGUUGCCGUCGCUUCCGCUCAAAACGCUGAAAAGCGAUUGAACAAGAUUAGCAAUCACUUGAGGACUCUUCUCGAUCUGAUGGAGAAUAACACCACUGCUUCUGACGCUCGAGUUGCUCGAGCUGUUCAAUGGGUUGACAAACUCCUUGAACAAGCUGGCCAAAUUAACGUCACUCUCUGCGAGACCGUCGAUGCCGAUGAAGCCAGUGAUAUCCUCGUCUUCGACCAGGACAACUACUGCAAGCUCACGGGCCAAGUUCAGAGCGCACUUCGAUCCUACGUCCGCAAAUUCGGCUGCCUGGAGACCUACCCAAAGAAGAACUUUGAAAAUGUUUUCGCCAAACGAACAAAUCGCGUCAAGAACAUUUUCUCCCGCGCUGGUGACUGUUAA